GAAAAAGAGAGAGAAAUAAUAAAAAAAAGGGGAGAAAAAUGGCGAGUUCGGUGGAUUAGGGCGUGAUCGGAGCACGCCAUCGAGUGGGGUGGCUGAUUUCGAGCGAAAUUGCCGGAAUCCGGCUAGAUCGUAGUGUUCCGGUCAAGAAUUUUGCUUCCUCUCUUCGGUGCUCACUCGAGGAGCCGUGAUAUAGGGCCAGGAUCGGUAGAUAACAGCGUCGGGCGACCUUAAGGCCGCUGCCACCGUUGCUGCGGGUGGCUGCUGUGCGGCUUCAGCGAGGGUCUCGAGCGAUCUGAGCGGCUCUGAGCGUCGAUCCCGUCGGAGCGGUCUGAUCUGCGGGUUUUUAGGGUUUGGAGCUUUCGGUGAUCGCGCCAUUGGAGGUGGCCCCCGGUAUGCAGUCCGGGAGCGGGCGGAACCAGGCGGGUGCGUCGCAUUCCCAGCCGCAUCCGUCCGACGCUGCAUCUCCCUCUUCCUCGUCGUCACAUGCGACCUCAGUCCCCGGCCAUCUGGGCAGGGAAGCAAUCCAGCAGCAACAGCAGCUGCUGCUGUUGCAGCAACAGCAGCUCGCACAGAGGCAGGCAUUCCAGCAACAAGAGCAUCAGAAACAAGUGCAGCGUAUAGAGCAGCACCAUGUCCAGAACCCAGUUCAUCAAGCAUUUCUCCAAUAUGCUUUGCAAAAUUCCCAGCACAGGCCUUCUGGGAAUUGGUUUAUGAAUCAACAGGGAAAAAUGAGUACAGCCAGUCCUGGGAGUCAGGGCAUGUUUGCAAAUAAUUUGAUAGCUCAAGAGCGUGCAUCUAUUCAGACAGCUAACCAUUCACAAUCAUCUAUACUUAAUCAGACAGGUGAUCAUUUUGCACAUACUGAGAGGCAGUUGGAGCUAGGGAAUAUUGUUUCUGGUCAGAGAAAUGAUCCAAAACCUUCUCAAAUAGCAUCUGGACAGUUGGUGCCAACAAACAUGGUAAGACCAUCUCAAUCACGGCAGUCAAUAACAACCACACAAAGUAAUGCAAACAAUCAAUUCACAAUGGCCCAGAUGCAAGCUAUGCAGUUGUGCGCUAAGGAGCAUAAUAUUGAUUUAACAGUUCCUGCCAAUUUAAAUCUGCUCGCACAAGUUCUGCCCCAUUGGCAGUCCAGCAGACUAGCUGCAAUCCAGAAACAAAGUGAGACUUGCACAACUGGGCAGCAACUGUGUUUGCCAUCGGUGAAGCAAUCAGUUAUUUCUUCACCCAUUGAAAAUGAAGGUUCUGUAUAUGUUAACAGUAUAAGUGAUUACUCCAGCCAAGCUGGUCCCUCUACUUGCCCACAGCCGGUUUCAUCUGAUAUAAUGACUAGUGGAGGGGAAACCAUCACAGGGAAGUCCAAUGACUUGCAGACACAAGCUCAGGCUCAUAACAGGGAGAGUGAGAAUGAGAGACUAGACAAAUCUCAACUAAUAACAAUUGAUGGUGGUCAAAUCAUUCAUCCACCAAAUUCAUCCAGUAGCAUGAUUAUGGAACAGUGUUAUUCUAAGAAUGUUCAUACUGGGAACAACUCACAGCAAAUGCAGCAACUUAGAUCUUUGCAGCAGCUAAACCGACCCAUGACACAACCUGAAAUUCGUUCCAAUGAUGCUGUUGGUGGGAAUCAAUUUCCAUCUCAGAGUGGAUCUGUUCAGGUGCCAAACCAACAGUUUGGAUUUACAAAACAACAACUUUUUGUCCUUAAAGCUCAAAUCUUAGCUUUUAGGCGGUUGAAGCGUGGCGAACGGAAUCUUCCCCCUGAAGUUCUUCGAGCAAUUGCUGGACUACCCGCUGAUUCUUUGCCACAACAGUCUCAUGUUCAAUCAGGAUCAGGUCUCCAGGAAAGAACUAAUGCCAUGGAGGGAAUGCAUAUGCAGUUGGAUGAGGGUCUUCAGCCAACUUUUUCAAGUAAAGACCAAAAUCUACCAAAAGAAGAGCCUGGUACUAGGGAGGAAAAAGCUGUUAUGGCUUGCCAAAUGCCAGAUGUAGCAUGUUCAGCUACGGAACCUUUGCAAUCUGCAUUUUCUGCUAAGAUUGAGGAAAGCAGAUCUCCUAUCAUUGCUGAACAGGAGACUGGAAAGGGAAAUCAUAACGUACAUGCUAAAGGUGACAACUGCAAUGAGAAGGGUAAGGCAGUAUCCGUCGAAGAUGCAUCAGCCAGCACUGGACAAGAGAAGAAACCUGCCUCUAAUUCUACACCAGUUCCAAGGGCUGGUGUUAUGAGAAACUAUCAUGGUCCGCUUUUUGACUUUCCAUCAUUUACAAGGAAACAUGAUCUUUUGGGUUCAACAACUCUGACCUCCAACAAUAUGACAUUAACUUAUGAUGUGAAAGAUUUGCUACUAGAGGAAGGUAAGGUCAUCUUUGGCAAGAAAAGAACAGAAAAUUUAAGGAAAAUUAAUGGGUUACUUGGUGUGAAUUUGGAAAGGAAAAGGAUACAGCCUGACCUUGUUAUGAGGCUGCAAAUUGAAGAAAAAAAGCUUAAACUUUUAGAUCGUCAAGCUCGUUUACGGGAUGAACUUGAUCAGCAACAGCAAGAGAUAAUGGCUAUGUCAGACAGGCCCUAUCGAAAAUUUGUCAAGCAGUGUGAAAGACAGCGCAUUGAACUCUUAAGGCAAGUUCAACAGAUCCAAAAAGCCUCAAGAGACAAGCAACUAAAAUCUAUCUUCCAGUGGCGUAAAAGGCUUCUGGAGACUCAUUGGGCCAUCCGUGAUGCAAGGACUACAAGAAAUAGAGGAAUUGCUAAAUACCAUGAAAAGAUGUUGAAGGAGUUCUCAAAGAGGAAAGAUGAUGGCAGAAAUAAAAGAAUGGAGGCACUGAAGAAUAACGAUGUUGAUCGAUAUCGUCAAAUGCUACUGGAGCAGCAAAGUAAUGUUCCUGGUGAUGCAGCUCAACGUUACGAAGUGCUUUCGUCCUUUUUAUCCCAGACCGAAGAGUACCUUCACAAACUUGGAGGUAAAAUUGCAGAUGCCAAAAGUCAUCAAGAGGUCCAAGAGGCAGCAAAUGCAGCAGCAGCUGCUGCACGUAUCCAGGGACUUUCAGAAGAAGAGGUCAAGGCUGCAGCAGCAUGUGCAGGUGAAGAGAUAAUGAUCAGGCAUAGAUUCUCUGAAAUGAAUGCUCCAAAAGACAGUUCUUCAGUCAACAAGUACUAUAAUUUGGCUCAUGCUGUGAUGGAAAAAGUUGUUAGACAACCCUCAAUGUUACGUUUUGGAACUUUGAGAGACUAUCAACUUGUUGGGCUACAGUGGAUGCUAUCCCUCUAUAAUAAUAAGCUGAACGGAAUACUGGCAGAUGAGAUGGGUCUAGGAAAAACUGUACAGGUUAUGUCAUUGAUAGCUUACCUAAUGGAGUUUAAAGGAAAUUAUGGUCCACACCUAAUUAUAGUUCCUAAUGCUGUUUUGGUUAACUGGAAGAGUGAGCUACUGAACUGGUUACCUUCGUUAUCUUGUAUAUUUUAUGUUGGUGGAAAGGAUGAGCGGGCAAGGCUUUUCUCACAGGAAGUAUGCGCUGUUAAGUUUAAUGUACUUGUGACAACUUAUGAGUUUGUUAUGUAUGAUCGCUCUAAGUUAUCAAAGAUUGAUUGGAAAUACAUAAUUAUUGAUGAAGCCCAGAGGAUGAAGGACAGGGAAUCUGUUUUGGCACGGGAUCUGGAUAGAUAUCGCUGCCAAAGAAGGUUGUUGCUUACUGGCACCCCAUUGCAGAAUGAUCUGAAAGAGCUAUGGUCCCUCUUAAAUGUUCUUCUUCCUGAAAUAUUUGAUAAUCACAAGGCAUUUCACGAUUGGUUUUCAAAGCCUUUUCAGAAGGAUGGUCCUUCACAUAAUCCAGAGGAAGAUGACUGGCUUGAGACUGAAAAGAAGGUAAUCAUCAUCCACCGUCUGCAUCAAAUUCUUGAACCUUUCAUGCUAAGAAGGCGCGUUGAGGAUGUUGAAGGUUCACUUCCUCCCAAGGUGCCAAUUGUUCUAAGAUGUAGAAUGUCAGCUUUUCAAGGUGCUAUAUAUGAUUGGAUAAGAUCUACUGGUACUCUUAGGAUUGAUCCUGAAGAGGAAAUGCUGAAGGUUCAAAAGAAUCCAAUGUACCAGGUCAAAACAUAUAGAAAUCUUAAUAAUAGGUGCAUGGAGCUGAGGAAAGUUUGCAAUCAUCCUUUACUUAACUAUCCUUAUUUCAGUGACUGCUCUAAAGAGUUUAUUGUUAGAUCAUGUGGGAAACUUUGGAUUCUUGAUAGAAUUCUCAUAAAACUUGAGAGAGCAGGCCAUCGUGUUCUUCUUUUCAGUACAAUGACAAAAUUACUUGAUAUUUUAGAAGAGUAUUUGCAAUGGAGACGACUUGUAUACCGACGAAUAGAUGGUACAACUACACUAGAAGAACGGGAAUCAGCAAUAGUGGAUUUCAACAGCCCUGACUCAGAUUCUUUUAUCUUCUUGCUUAGUAUCCGUGCUGCUGGAAGAGGCCUUAAUCUCCAGACUGCAGAUACUGUUGUGAUAUAUGAUCCUGAUCCCAAUCCGCAAAAUGAAGAGCAGGCGGUUGCUCGAGCUCAUCGUAUUGGUCAGACAAGAGAUGUGAAAGUCAUAUACUUGGAAGCUGUUGUUGAUAAAGUAUCAAGCUACCAAAAAGAGGAUGAAAUGAGAGAUGGUGAUGCAGAGGAUUCAGAGGAUGAUCUUGCUGGUAAAGAUAGGUAUAUGGGAUCAAUUGAAAGCCUUAUACGUAAUAAUAUUCAACAGUACAAGAAAGAUAUGGCUGAUGAGGUCAUAAAUGCUGGCCGAUUUGAUCAAAGAACAACACAUGAAGAAAGACGAGUGACUUUGGAGACACUUCUGCAUGAUGAGGAGAGAUUCCAAGAAACCGUGCAUGAUGUUCCUUCUCUUCAGGAGGUAAAUCAAAUGAUUGCUCGUAGUGAAGAAGAACUUGAAUUGUUCGAUCAAAUUGAUGAGGAGUGUGAUUGGACAGGUGAUAUGGUUAGAUACAACGAAGUACCAAAAUGGCUUCGUGUUAGUUCUAGAGAACUAAAUGCUGUUGUUGCUAGUAUAUCUAAGAAACCAUCGAAGAACAUUUUAUCCAGCACAAUUGAGCUGGAACCAAAUGGCUUGCAUUCUGCUUCAUCCCCCAGUAAGACAGAGAGAAGACGAGGUCGCCCGAGGGGUUCAGCUAUGAAAAAGCAUCUUACAUACAGGGAAUCAUCAGAUGAAGAAAAUAACAACUCUGAUGCUGAAUCGGAGGAGAGAAAUGGAUAUGAAGUAGAGGGAGACAUGGGUGAACUUGAAGAUGAAGAGUUAUAUGGUGGUGGUGACGUGCUGACUGGUGACAAGGAUCAAGCAGAGGAUGGCCUGGUCUGUGAUAAUGACGGUGAUGAAUUCUCACUAGCAAUUGAAAGGGUCAGAAACUUUCAUGCUUUUGAUGAAGCUGGUUCAACAGGAUCUUCUUCCAGUAGUCAUAAAUUACUGCAACCUGUGACACCUUCAACACCUUCACAAAAAUUUGGAUCAAUUUCUGCUUUAGAUGCCAAGCCAGGCCCUUCUUCAAGAAAGACACCAGAUGAGCUAGAGGAAGGGGAAAUUGCAGUGUCAGGGGAUUCCACCAUGGAUCUUCAUCAGUCAGAUAGUUUGGUUCAUGAGCAUUACCUAGAGGAUGGACAGGUCGUUCAACCGAAAGCAAAGCAAAUAAAACGUAAACGCAGCAUCCGUCUUCGUCCAAGAUUUAAUUUGGAGAAAAUUGAAGAUAAAUUCAACAGUCCUAAAGCCACUUUCCAGCAUGCUUCUUGGUCACCUGCGCUUGUUAAUCAUGAAAAACUUCCACAGUCUAGAGGUGAAGAAUCUGAGGCAUUUGUAGAACCUAGUACCGGAGGGCUGAAUAGGAUCAGUCCAUCAGUGAAGCGGAGGCGCAACUUACCAUCAAGAGUGAUUUCGUCUCCCAUUGUGCAAAAGUCUGCUAGGUUGUCUACAUCUGCAGAGGAUGGUUAUGAGCACUCCAUGGAAAGCUGGAAUAGCAGGACCAUCAGCUCCAAUGCCCCAAACCUUGUGACCACAAAAAUGUCAGACAGCACACAGAGAAAGUGCAAGAAUGUUAUUAGCAAACUCCAAAGAAGGAUAGAAAAAGAUGGAAGUCAAAUAGUACCUUUCUUGUCAGACUGGUGGAGAAAUGAAAAAUUAAACUUUCUUCCUGGUUCCUCAAGCAAUGGUGUCAUAAACUUGCAAACCAUCGAACAGCGUGUGGACAACUUAGAAUAUAAUGGCGUGAUGGAUUUCAUAGCAGAUUUGCAAUUGAUGCUGAAAAAUAUAGUGAAACAUUGUGAAUAUUCUUAUGAGGUGAGGUUCGAGGCACGAAAACUUCAAGACCUAUUUUUCGACAUCAUGAAGAUAGCAUUUCCGGAUGCGGAUUUCAGUGAAGCAAAGAAUGCAGUGAUCUUCUCCAGCCCUGGAUUUUCACCUCUUUCCCCAAGGCCUGCUUCUACCACUGAGAUUAAGCGACAGACACUAACCAACAAAUCAGAAUCAGCAUCUGCCUUCAGCAAGACCUUCCCCACCGGAUCAACUCCUCUUCACGACGAAAGGAGGACCAGGUCAAACUCUUCCAAAUCCCACAAAGAAUCAAGGCCAACUGGUGGAGGCGCGAGGCAGCAGGUGCCAGACUGUUCACAGCUUUUGACACAUCCAGGAGACUUGGUUAUCUGCAAGAAAAGGAGGAAUGACAGGGACAAGACCGGUUCAAAGCAGAUAAAUACUCCCAAUUCACCGUCUAAUCAAGGUUGGUUGCCUUCGUCGAUGGUUAAUAAUCAGGGAUUAUCAGUUCAUGCAUCCAGUAUGGCAAGGAACACCACCAAAGCUCAAGCUCAAGCUCAAGCUCAGAGUGAUACACAACCAACUCAAAAGGUGAUAUCUCCACUGAGCCGAGCACAUCAUGAAAGGAAACAAACAGAUGGAGGAAAUGGAUCAUCCACUGCUGUGGCUGAUGUACAAUGGGCAAAUCCUGUGAGGCGAACAAGGACAGAUACUGGCAAAAGGCGGCCGAGUCAUAUGUGAGUCUUAGUGUAGAUAACUUAGCCGAAGCAAAAAAUUAGUAUGGCGUUCUUCAAAUAUAUGUAAACCUUUAAAAUCUGGUGUUUAGUCAGUCAUCCACCCCACACCCACACCCACACCCACACUCUCUGUACUGCUGCUUCGAUUCCAAUCUCUCUCCAUUUUAACUCUUGCAUUUGAAGUGGCGGUGAUAGUGAUGAUGUUGUAGACCAAGAGAUGCCGUUGGGACAAAACAAAAAUUGUAUCCAGAAUAUGAUUAACCAUUAUUUUUCAUUGCCA